AUGGGAACAGAGGAACCAUCAUCAGUUUCACCACAACCAAAUGUUGAACAACCAACUCAACCACCACAAUAUCCACCAGGUUAUUCUCCACAAGCAACCCAACCACCACAAUACCCACCAGGUUAUACUCCACAAGAAACUCAACCACCACAACAACAACAACCACCACAACAAGGAUAUCCUCAACAAUAUCCACCACAACAACCACCACCACAAGGUUACCCACCACAACAAUAUCCACCACAACAAGGUUAUCCACCUCAACAAGGUUAUCCACCUCAACAAGGUUAUCCACCUCAACAAGGUUACCCACCCCAACAAUAUCCACCACAAACUCCAUAUGGCCAACAACAACCAUAUACAGUUGUAAUGGCACCAGCCCCAGUAGUCGUUGCACCAAAGCAAACCACUCAAAGUGAAGACACAUCUUCAAUGUUAAUUUUUAUUAUUGGCUUCUUUUGCACGUAUAAAUUAAUUUUUAAAUCUUGGGAAAAAAAAAAAAAAAAAAAAAAAAAAAAAAAUAGAAUUGUAUGGUUGGCUGGUUUUGCAUAUAUUCGUAGUAAAUCAAAAACUGCAAGAAUUUAUGGUAUCUUAUCAGUAGUAUUUUUCUUUGUAGUAGUUAUUAUUAUUAUUAUUAUAGUUGCUUCUGUGGUGGCAACUGCUAAAAAGGUUAAUGAUGAUUGUUAUAGUUAUUAUGGAUCUUGCUAUUAG